GGGGGGGGGGAGCGGUGCUGCUGCUUUGCCUCGGCACACAUUCAGUUUCGUUUCUCGGGAAGGAAGGAAUUCUCCAUCCUCUGCGAUCUGAGGUUUCACUUUCCUUUAUCUAGAACAGGAGGGGGGAGGAGGAGGAAACAAAAGGAACAUAACAGGUACCACAAUCCAGACGUCUUACUCUGCCCCACCCUCGGUGCCAUGUCUAGUCACGUCGUAUCUCCCUUAAAGGUGAAACUGCCAUCGGUGGUUGUCGCAGCAAAUCCAGUGACGCUACAAGUUAAUGGAGUUUCAGAAGUUAUCACAACAGAAGAUGUAGAAGAAGGAACACCCCCAGCAGCUAAAAUGCCCUCUACACAAGUCCUGCUUUGUCAAGAUUAUGAGGAGAUUACCGUCAAGACAGAGCCAGAGAAUGUUCUAAACCAACAAUAUGAGUACAAGAUCCGGCCUUGCAUUGAUCUCAUUGACUCCCUGCGGUCACUGGGGGUGGAGAAGGACUUGGGGUUGCCGGCCAUUGCUGUGAUCGGUGACCAGAGUUCGGGGAAAAGUUCCGUACUGGAGGCCCUUUCCGGUGUAUGUCUACCCAGGGGAAGUGGUAUUGUCACUCGUUGUCCCCUGGUACUCAGGUUAAAAAAGUCUUCAAAGGGCUCGAAGUGGACCGGUGAAAUCAAGUACCGUGACCAAAAAGUAAAACUUAAAAACCCAGGCGAAGUGGAGCAUGAGGUCAGAAAAGCUCAAGACUGCAUGGCUGGUGCCGGAUACGGGGUCAGUGAGGAACUUAUAACCCUGGAAGUUAUAUCUCCGAAUGUUCCAGACCUGACUUUGAUCGAUCUCCCGGGAAUCACACGGGUUGCCCUAGCCAAUCAAGAGGCGGAUAUUGGACAGAAGAUUAAAAGGAUGAUCAGCAAGUACAUUAUGAAGCAGGAGACCAUCAAUUUGGUCGUGGUUCCCAGUAAUGUGGAUAUUGCAACAACAGAGGCUCUGGAAAUGGCCAAAAUUGUGGACCCCAGCGGACAGAGGACAUUAGGGAUCUUGACCAAGCCCGACCUGGUUGACAACGGAGCAGAAGAAGACAUUGUUAACAUUGUGAGAAACCUGGUCUACCAACUCCGGAAGGGCUAUAUGAUUGUCAAAUGUCGCGGACAGAAAGAGAUCCUGAAUAACGUUUGCCUAGAAGAUGCCAUAAGGAACGAGAGAGCUUUCUUUGAAAACCAUGAACAUUUUAGCGUCCUGUUAAAUGAAGGCUAUGCUACAAUCCCAUCACUGGCAGAAAAACUGACCAUUGAGCUUGUUGAUCAUAUCAGUCAAAGUUUACCCACUUUGGAGCAUCAGAUCAAAGAGAAACGCAGGAAGGCAGAAGAGAGGCUGAAAGUUAUUGGCACAGGGGUCCCAGAGUCUGAAAUGGAAAAAGCUUCCUGUCUCAUUAAUAAAAUUAAACACUUUGGAGACGAACUUGAAAAAGCCGUUCAUGGGGAGGAGGACGUCAGCAAAGGAAGUUUAAAGCUUUUCACCAGCAUGCGAAGGCUCUUCAAUUCCUGGGAGAGAAGUCUCAAAGACUCAGCUGACAAUUAUGCUGAGGACCUAAGAGAUGACAUAAAGAUCUAUGAGGAGCAGCACCGAGGCCGAGAGAUGACGGGCUUUGUAAAUUUCAGAACGUUUGAAAAUAUUGCCAAGAAGCAAAUCCAGACAUACGAAGAUCCGGCGAUUGUGAAGCUGAAUGAAAUAACCGAGCUUGUCCGAAAAUAUUUCGACAGCAUCGCUUCAAGGCAUUUUGAGCAGUUCCCCAAUCUUUACAGAAGUGCAAAGGGAAAGCUGGAAAACAUUUGUGGUGACCAACAAAAAGAGGCCGAGAACGUGAUCCAAAACCAGUUCAGGAUGGAGGACAUCAUCUACUGUCAGGACUCAAUCUACGGGCGCUACCUGAAGGCCGCCCGCGAGGACGCUACUAAAUUUUGUUUCCAGAAGAAAUCUCAAGGCGACAUGCACUUAUCCAUCGUGGAAAUGAGUUAUCAUCUCCAAGCCUAUUUCAAGAACACAAUUGCCCGCCUAGCUAGUCAGAUCCCGCUCAUCAUCCAGCACUAUGUCCUCCGCGGCUCUGCCAGUCAGCUUCAGACACAGAUGAUUCUCCUUAUUCAAGACAAAGAGAACUUGAAUCUGAUGCUGCAGGAGAAGCAGGACCUCUCCACCGAGAGGAAGAGCUUAAAGGGUCGGAUCGACCGGCUGCAAAAAGCCCAGCGGCGCCUGGCGAGGUUCCCCAACUAAGUUCUGGAUCCUUCACUGAAGUGGUCAUCAAACUUUAUCACUAUUUUAGAAAGGAACACUUCCUUGUCUUAUGUGCAUUCUAGCACUAUGGCCCAGUAAAUAAUAAAUAAACCUAGAAAACUUUAA